AUCAGUCAUCAACCGUGUCAAAAUGAGAAUUCCAUUCUCUCUAUUGUUUCUUUUGAUCUCUGUACUCUCAAAUUUAUGCAUCAUUAAUGGGGCUUCAGCACACAGUCAAUGCCUGGAGGAUCAGAAAAUCUUGUUACUUGGAAUGAAAGAUAACUUUAAGUUCGACUAUGUUAUGUCAACUAAACUGGUUGCAUGGAAUCAGAGCACUGACUGCUGCCUCUGGCAUGGUGUAUCUUGCAAUAAUAUUGGUCAAGUUAUCGGUCUUGAUAUUUCCUCGGAAGCAGUAUUUGAUGGACUUCAAAAUUCAAGUGGGCUUUUUGGUCUCAGAUAUCUCCGGAGGCUGAAUUUGGCCUUUAACAGAUUCAACAACAUUCAGAUUCCAAACGUGAUUUAUAAUCUUGUGAAUUUGACAUACUUGAACUUGUCAAAUGCUGGUUUCGUUGGACAGAUUCCAAUUGGGGUUUCGAAUAUGACGAGGUUGGUUACUAUGGAUCUCUCUACCCAAUUCCUUGGGAUUCAGCAACUGAAACUUGAGAAUCCAAAUCUGACUACGCUUGUUCAGAAUCUUAAAGAUCUUCAAGGACUUUAUCUUGAUGGUGUUAAUAUAUCAGCUCCGGGGAAUGAAUGGUGCCGGGCUUUGUCUCCGUCUUUACCAAAUUUAAGCAAAUUGAGCUUGACUAGAUGUCAUCUUUCGGGCCCAAUAGAUUCUUCCUUCUCACAGCUUCAUCUUCUAUCAGUUCUCCACCUUGACAACAACGAUCUGUCCUCAACAAUCCCAGACUUCUUUGCAAAUUUCACAAGAUUGACAAGCUUAAGCCUCAGCUCUUGCUCUUUGCAAGGAUUCUUUCCGGAUAAAAUCUUCCAGGUACCCACUCUACAGAAUCUGGAUUUGUCAAAUAAUGAGUUACUCAACGGCAAUCUGCCCCAAUUUCCUCAGCUCGGAUCUUUUAGAAGAAUCAUUCUUAGCUACACUAACUUUUCAGGUCCAAUGCCUGAUUCCAUUGGCAACCUUGUAACAUUGUCUAGGAUUGAUCUUAUUGAUCUGUCCCAUUGCAAUUUCAGUGGACAACUUCCGUCCAAGAUGACAUAUCUCACCGAACUCAUUUAUUUGGACUUAUCAUUUAACAGUCUCACUGGUUUUGUUCCAUGGUUCAAUAUGUCCAAGAAACUUACCUAUAUAGACCUCUCUCAUAAUGGUCUAACUGGUUCACUUUCUUCCAAGCAUUUUGAGGGACUUAAUGAUCUUGUAUAUAUGAACUUAGGGUAUAAUUCACUCAGUGGAAACAUCCCCUCUGCUCUGUUUGUGCUCCCAUCGCUGCAGAAACUCCGACUGUCUAACAAUCAAUUUGGUGGCCGAGUCAAUGAAUCUUCGACUACGCCCUUCUCUCAAUUGGAGACACUCGAUUUAAGUAGUAAUCUUCUAGAAGGGCCAAUUCCCGAAUUUUUCUUUGAACUUCGAAAACUUAAUGCUCUCUUACUUUCUUCCAAUUUCUUUAACGGCACUCUACAGAUGGCAAAUAUCCAUAAAAUCCAAAACCUCACGAGACUGGAGCUUGCUCACAACCGCUUGUCAAUCAAUACAAGCAAUAGUUCUUCGAGCUCAUAUUCGUUUCAACAGCUAACCAGGUUAAACUUAGCUUCCUGCAACCUACAAAGUUUUCCUGACCUGAGCAGCCAAUCAAAAAUAUCCUUUUUAGACCUUUCAGACAAUCAAAUUAAGGGGGAAAUACCUAAUUGGAUUUGGGAAGUUGGACGUGGAAGCCUUGUUCAGUUAAAUCUUUCUCACAAUCUCCUAGGAGAUCUGAAAACACCUUACAACAUUUCCAGUCUUUUGAUUUUAGACAUUCAUAGCAACCAGCUCCAAGGUGAUCUGCCAAUCCCUCCGCCAUCAGCUAUCUAUAUAGAUUACUCCGGGAAUAAUUUCAAUAGCUCCAUUCCGGCUGAUAUUGGCAACAGUGUUUCGAAUUCUUUUUUCUUCUCUCUUUCAAAUAAUAGUCUAACGGGAUCUAUACCUGAAUCCAUAUGCAAUGCUAGAUACCUUAAAGUUCUUGACUUUUCCAGCAAUUCCUUGAGCGGCAGAAUACCUAACUGUCUACUAUCAAAUAAUAGUCAGACUCUUGGGGUACUGAAUCUAGGAAGAAACGUCCUCAGCGGCACCAUUCCUAAUACAUUUUCUCCCAGUUGUGGUCUAAGAACUCUAGACUUCAGUAGGAAUAAUUUAUCAGGACAGAUUCCAGGAUCCCUGGCCAACUGCAAAUUGUUAGAAGUCGUGAGUAUUGGAAACAACAACGUUGAAGACAAAUUUCCAUGCAUGUUGAAAAAUUCAUCCAACUUACGUGUCCUAGUUCUGCGAUCCAACAAAUUCCAUGGAGGUAUUCGGUGUUUUCCUGGGGCAAAUAACAGCUGGCAAAAUCUUCAAAUCAUUGAUAUUGCUUCUAACAAUUUCAGUGGAAAUCUAUGCUCAAAAUGCUUCUUAAGUUGGAGAGGAAUGAUGCUCGGAAAUGAUGGUGAAUUUGAUCACAACGACCUGAGGUUUGACUUUCUGAAUCUGAGCAACUUUUACUAUCAGGACACUGUGACGGCAACCAUUAAAGGGUUAGAACUGGAGUUUGUGAAAAUUCUCUCAGUUUUAACGGUCCUUGAUUUCUCAAGCAAUAAUUUCCAAGGAAAGAUACCAGACACUGUUGGGAAUCUAAGUUCUCUUUACAGUCUCAACUUUUCAAAGAAUGUUCUCACGGGCCAAAUCCCAAAAUCAAUUGGAUAUCUCACACAGCUUGGAUCACUGGACCUCUCAAAUAAUCAGCUAACUGGAGUAAUACCGGAAGAGCUCACAAGCCUAACAUUCCUUUCAUUCUUGAAUCUGUCCAGCAAUAUGUUGUUUGGGAAGAUCCCCCAGGGUCGUCAAUUUCAGACUUUUUCAGAAGUCUCCUAUGAAGGAAAUACGGGACUGUGCGGGUUUCCAUUGGAGAGGAAAUGUGAGGGCGUCUCACUCCCAAGUCCUGAGGACAUGAACAAUGUGAAGACAGAUAUCAAUUGGAAUUAUGUAUGUGCUGCACUGGGAUAUAGCGUCGGACUUGGAAUGACUGUAUGGUUAAACUUUUUGUUUGUUUGGUGAUUUAGGUUCCUUUUGGGGGUGUUUGAUAAUAAAUUAUGAAAAAGUAUACCUUUUUUCAUAUUUUGAGAAGUAGCAAAAGAAUUUUCAAAUUCUGUUUUCAGCUUUCCAUUUGUCUAUGUUUGA